AUGACAUCAUCCAGUUAUAUGGUUGACCGUGAAAUUCUUGGUUCAGCUCGAACUAUAAUUGAUGCACAUUCUAAUGCUCCAUUUUCACAACAAACACAGCAUAAUACGUAUCGUGGUUCGUAUGGUACAUCAAGUCCAAUACCAUUUACAACAACAAAUACCAAUCAUCAUCACCAUGGAUACGGAAACGGUUCAAACGAAAGUUAUGAAUCGAAAAAAGUUAUAGUGGACUUGCAAGAUCAAAUUCGUUUAUUAAAAAAAGAUUUAGAAAAAAAAGAUGCACUCAUUCUAGAAUUAACAUCAAUGAAAGAUCCGCAUAAAACGGACCAUUUCGAAACAGCAAAAUAUGAAGCUUUAGUUGGACAAGAACGAAGCGCAUUCGAGGGAGCUAGACGUGAACUUGAUCAAUAUAGAACAAAAGUUGAAGGAUUAACUCAGGAUUUACGUGAAACAACAAUAAAAUCAGCUGCAAAAGAUGAACGUAUCAAUGAAUUAAAACGUGAAAUUGAAUCAUUAAAAAAAGAACAUGAAUCACUCAAUCAAGCUAAUAAUCAAUUGCGUUUACACAUGCGUGAACUUGAAUCGAAUGUUGGUUCCUACGAGUCAGUUGCAAGUAAAUCAUCAUUAACGAUAUCAUCACUACAAAAAGAUGCCAAAGAAAGACAAGAACAAAUAAUGGAAUUACAAUCCCGUGUAAGAACACAUAUGGAAGAACGUGAAGCUAGUGAACGAAAAACUGAAGGAUUACAUAACAAAUUACAAGAACUAUUUUCACAACUAAGCGUUACACUUGGUGGAGAAUUCGGACAACCAACAGCUGCUUCGUUUGAUAAUCUUAUGGCUAGAAUAUCUGAUAUUAAUGGUGAAAAUACAACAUUGAAGGGUAGACUGGUUAAAUUAGAAGAAAUAACUCGUUCAGUAGAAAAUGAAGCUCAUGCGAAUCGUUCAACUAUUCAACAAAUGGCAAAUCAAUUACAUGUCUAUGAACAAAAUGCAGUUAGCCAUCGUUUACAAAUGGAUUCAAUUAAAGCAGAACGUGAUACGGCAUUUAAUGAUAGAGACGCAAUGAAACAUGAACUUGAAACAAUGAAGUCACGUCUUGAUUCUGUACAAAAAGCUUGGCAAAAUACACGUGGUGAAUUAGAUCAACGCGAAAAUCAAUACUCUUCUAAUGAAUCACAUGUAAAACAAUUAGAAAAUGAUUUACUUUAUGCUAAAACAAUGUUUGAUACUUUUAAACAACAAGUUGGACAAUUAUUAUCCGAUGGUUAUGUUAAAGUGGAACCGAAAGAUGACGAAAUUAAAGAAAAAAUUCAAUUACUAAUGCAAUCUAGUAAAGAUCGCGGCGUGAUAAUCACAAAUUUGCAAAAUCAAAAAGAACAAAUAUCGAAACAAUUACAAGAACAAAUUGAAAUCAAUAAAGAAACAGAGAAUAAACGCCGUCAUGCUGAAUCUCAUUUACAUGAAUUAGAACAUCGCCUGAAAAAUCUUGAUAAUGAUUAUACAACAACUGAAGUUUAUCGUGAAAAUCUCAAACAGGAUAAAGCGAAGUUUCUUCAUUUUCUUGAACGGCUUGCAGCAAUAAUGAAAAUAGAAAAUAUUUCAAACGAACUUGGUUAUGAACUUAAUCCAGAUGUUAUUCUAUCACGUGCUGAACAACUAAUGAAAUUAGAGAAGGAUUCAAUUGUUGAUCAGAAAACUUCAAUUUAUAGUUUACAAAGAAAAAUUAAACAGUUAAAAGAACAAAUGGAAAAUAAAGAUUUACAUUUAGAUUUAUUACGUAAAAAAGUGAUUGCAUUAGAAGAAGGACGUGCAGCUAAAACAGAUUUAGAACGUGAAAUCGAUGAUCAUGUUAUGUUAUCGAGGAAAAUGAAAGUCAAAGUUGAUCAUUUAACACAACAAGUGACUGAUUUAAAACAAGAAAAUAUACAAUUAAAAGCUCAAAUAACAGAUAUUCAAAUACUCAAAAAUCGUUUAGUUGAUCAGGAUAAAGAAAUUCGACGUCUUUUAGAAGAUGUUGAUAAAUUACAAAAUAUACGUGAUAAACAAGCUGUAAAACUUUCAAAUUUACAAGAUAAAAUACAUUCAGUCGAUGAUGAGGCAAAUCGAUCAUUACUUUCAUCAGAUAAUGCUGUAAGAGCUUUGUCUAAUGAAGUAAGAUUUCUAAAAAGUUCACUUGAACAAAUUACCGAACGAGAACAUAGAUUACUUGAUUUCCGUUCAUUAAUAUCUCGGAUGCUUGGCUUAGACUCUAAAACAUUAUCGAUACCUGACUAUGAAAUCACAGCUCGUUUAGAACGUCUCCUUAGUGUCGUACAACCAACAAUGGCGAUACCUGUGGUGCCAAUUUCUUCGUCAGCAGCAGCAACAACAUCGAAUAAUUUCACACAUCAGCAACAACCUCCAGUUGAACAUCACUACCAUCAUAAUCAUCAAAAUAUCCAUUCGGCACAUGUAAGACAUCGUAGUCCAAGUCCAGUUUCUCGACGAUCCGAAGCCAGUCAUCGAGCACGAUCACUUUCUCCAUUGCAUGUUGGUAUUGACCCAAGAACCUAUUAA